AUGCCUGCGGGGUACACACCUAUUAGAGUCGAACACAUCUCACCUGAGGAUGAGAUGAACGCGGCGUUUGACAAUGGGUCAGACGACGAGGAAGAUGUCGAUUCACACCACCCAUCAGCCGCCCGCACACCACUGUUAUCUCACACUCGUGCUCAGUCCCAACCCUCGAUUCCAACUAAUACGGCGCCUAUAGCAGCGCCCGCACCACAGAGAACACAUCACCCGUCUGGCGAUUACGACUUUGAAUAUGACUAUCCACCUCCUCCCGGAUCGCCACCACGACCAUCCGCACUAGCACUUCCUAAUAACUACGGCAACAGCAAUGGCGAGAUACCAGUCUUUAAUGCCGUUGGACCGUCACAGCCGAAUUUUUUCAGACGAGCAUUGGGUACUAUAUUACCAAAUCACUAUGGACGAGGGUACUCGAGGGUGAAUGACGGCCCAAUCGGCGGUGGGAUGCAGAAUGAUGGAGUUUUCGCAAACGUCACAGCAAAACCCGGUGGGACCGCGCCAGUGCUUGGAGCCCAGGCCGAUGGUCCAAAUUGGACACCAGAAGAUGCUCAGAACCAGGGACCUCCGUCCUACAGUGUUGCCCAAGCAGAUGCCGUGCCACCGUAUUGGGAGACGACAGUGUUGGCACCCACGUCAGUUCCCGGUGAAUUGAUCGUGGAUGGACUCGCCACCGGCUCGCUCUUUUCGUUCUUGUGGAAUCUGCUCGUCUCGAUGUCCUUCCAAUUUGUGGGCUUCCUCCUUACAUACCUCCUCCACACCACACACGCUGGCAAAUAUGGCUCUCGAGCGGGUCUCGGCGUCACCCUUAUCCAAUACGGCUUCUACCUGAGGCCAAGACCGACGAUAGCGACGACCCUUGGGGCUGGCCAAAUGAUGAUAAUCACUCGAGCCAGGCCAAGCCAACCCAUGAUGGGGAACGGGACCAUGUUGGCGAGUGAGGCAGCAGAUGCGACCGCAGCCAACGAUUGGUUGUCCUUUUUCCUCAUGACUAUCGGCUGGUUCGUUCUCCUAACUUCAUUAAUGGGAUAUUGGCGUGUUAAGCGCUGGGAGCACGGGGUCGUCCGAGCAUCUGCGGAGACCGCUCAGUCGAGGCAGCCUACAGAGGAAGAAAUGGCUCAUGAUGCUGCAAUAUUGGCAAACAUCGAGCGAGUCUUCGGAAUUGUUAGCUCACGCGCAGAGCAAAUGCGCAAUGAUUUAGGAUUACCUUCCAAUUGGGCUGAGGCUCCAGGCACGGCGGCUCGGCCUCCACAGAACCGUGUUUAA